AUGGCCGAAACCCCAAACGCUCGAGUAAAAAUCUAUGGUUCAAGCGUCCCUGGAAAUGUUUUCGUCAGGAAGAACCAAAUAGAUCUUCUGGCCAUAUUAAAAGCAAACAAAAUUGAUUACACUUUCGUCGAUGUUGCAGCCGACGAAGAUCAGUUGAAAUACAUAAAGAGAAAGAAUAAAGGACAGAAGGAAUUGCCACAGAUUUUUGUUGACGGAGAAUAUAAAGGAUUGUUUGAAGAUAUCGAAAAUGCGAAUGAAAUGAGAGAGCUGAAAAGUUUUUUAG